CUGAUCAUGAGUGUUGGGUAGUUGCUGCUAUCAUGCAAGUAGGAUAGAGCUACUUGGUAAAACUUCCAAAAUCUUAGCUGUUCCAUGAACCUGAUUCUUCAAAUGACUGCAUAAAGAGCUGAUGUUGGUCUGGGAAAUGAAUUUACUGAGAGGAUCUGAAUUGCUGUUGAAAUGUCAUGUGACUUCCUCAUGUUUUCAGUUGUGGAUUUCAAUUCCUGACUUUGCUGCCAGAACCACCAAGUGCUGAUUUUUAUAGUUCAGUGUUCCUUUGUUACAUCCUUACGCAGUUGUAACAGACAGAUCAACCUGAGAAAAUGUUCCAGAUCCUCACAACGCUGUUGCUGGAAGUGCAGCUCUAUGCAGUUUCAGCUUUUUUCACAGUUGACGUUCCUCAGCAGCUAUACGUUGUAGAGUAUGGGAGCAAUGUGACCAUGGAAUGCAGAUUCCCUUGGAACAGCUCGUUAGACCUAGGACUCCUAUCUGUUGUUUGGGAGCAAAAAAAGCAGGGCCAAUUGACAUCCAAAGAGGUGUACACAUUCCGCAAUGGGAAGGCAUUCCCUUCAUCUCAACAUCAGGACUACAUAGGAAGAGCUGCACUUCUGCACAGUGAACUGAAACUGGGACGAGCUAUCCUUCAGAUUAUCAGCGUGAAGAUCACAGAUGCAGGAUCAUACUUUUGCCUCAUUGGGUACCAGGGCGUGGACUACAAGUACAUUACUUUGGAAGUUAAAGCACCCUACAAGAAAAUAAACACUCAAGUAAUGAGGAAACCAGGUGAAGACAAGUUUGUUUUUACAUGCCAGUCAGAAGGUUUUCCCCUGGCAGAAGUUUUCUGGCAAAAUGAGAAGAACUUGAGUCUCAGUGGAUUUGCAAAUACCACCUAUAUGCUGACUGCAGAUGGCCUCUACAACGUCACCAGUGUUGUGACAUUCAAACCAAAUAUGAGUGAGAACUACAGCUGUGUGUUCUGGAAUAAAGAGCUGAAUAGAGAAACUUCAGCUCACAUUUCCGCUUCAGCUUUAAUGAGUACACAGUUCAGUGGACAAAAAUCCCUGAUCUUAUUUAUUGUUCCUACAUGUGUGGUGGUGGCUGUCCUUUCCUCUGCAUUAAUAAUCUUUAAAAAGAGAAAAUCAAACAAGAAUGGGCAAUCCAAAAAAGGCAGGAAAAGAAACAUGAACCCCAACCUGAAAGAAGAGAACAGAGAUGAUUUUAACUCUCAACCUGGUGCUUUAUACUUGUCAACUAUCAGGGCCUCAAGAGACAGUGGGAGUGUGAGUCUGUGAAAACUCAUGUCACAUGACAUAAUUUGCACUUUUUGUGUCUGUUUUAUCUAAAGUUACUGCACUUUAGCUUUGAGACCAACAGUGAACUCAUGGGGAUUUAUUGGCACUGCAGCACUGGAAAGCUAUCGCUCUUCACACAGAGUAUCUUGAAGUUACUGAGAAUUAUGCUGUCAUGAAAUGUGGUUUACCAUUUUGAAGAGGUUGUCUGAGUGCCUUUGAGACACUUUACUUUUGGACUUACUGUUGCUCAAGGAACUGUUGUGUAAGAAUGCCUUUAUUAAUUGCUCUGGUGUCAGGAAUGGUGCUUGGACUCAAACAUC